UGUCUAGUGGGGGUCCAAACAUAAUGGCCUUGGCAUCUCCAACUUAGAAAAGCUUAUAGUGGGAGGUUGUGUGUGAGAGAGAGAGAGAGAGAGAGAGAGAGAGAGAGAGUUUUGUUGCUUUGCAGAGUUUUUGGAGGAACAGAGGACUCUGUUUUCUUUUUCUUUUUUUCCACAAGAGAGAGGAUAAGCUUUUUUACUUGAGAUUUUCCCUGUGGCUAUGGCAGCUCGGAGAAUAUCCUCGUUGCUUUCACGUGCCGUUUAUGCUUCUUCUUCUAUUGGGCCAGCUUCUCUGCUUCUUUCUCGAGGAAGAGGUUCAGUGAGAGGAAAUGGUAUCAAGAAGUUCAGCACUGCUGCAGCAACUGAAGAAUUAAUCAUUCCACCAGUUCAGAUAAGCUAUACGAAGCAUCUUAUCAAUGGACAAUUUGUAGAUGCUGCAUCAGGAAAAACAUUUCCAGCUCAUGACCCUCGUUCAGGAGAAGUGAUUGCUCAUGUUGCUGAAGGUGAUGCAGAAGAUAUAAACCGUGCAGUUUCUGCUGCACGUAAGGCAUUCGAUGAAGGACCAUGGCCAAAGAUGUCACCAUAUGAAAGGUCACGGAUACUGUUGCGCUUUGCUGAUUUAGUUGAGAAACAUAGCGAUGAACUUGCAGCUCUAGAAACAUGGAACAAUGGGAAGCCUUAUGAACAGGCCGCCAAAUCUGAAUUACCAUUGUUUGUUCGUCUUUUCCAUUACUAUGCCGGAUGGGCGGACAAGAUCCACGGACUAACUGUUCCAGCUGAUGGAGAUCAUCAUGUGCAAACGUUGCACGAACCGAUCGGUGUUGCAGGGCAGAUUAUUCCAUGGAACUUCCCUCUUAUCAUGUUUGCUUGGAAAGUUGGUCCAGCACUAGCAUGUGGUAAUACUAUUGUCCUAAAGACUGCUGAGCAAACACCUCUGACUGCUCUCUAUGUGGCAAAACUUUUCCAUGAGGCUGGUCUUCCCCCUGGUGUUUUAAAUGUAGUUUCUGGCUAUGGACCAACUGCCGGUGCAGCUCUUGCCAGUCAUAUGGAUGUUGACAAGCUAGCUUUCACAGGCUCAACUGAUACUGGAAAAAUUGUUCUUGAACUGGCUGCAAGAAGCAAUCUGAAACCAGUAACGUUGGAGCUUGGAGGGAAAUCACCAUUCAUAGUCUGUGAGGAUGGUGACAUUGAUAAGGCUGUUGAACUUGCACAUUUUGCUUUGUUCUUUAAUCAGGGACAGUGUUGCUGUGCUGGCUCUCGUACAUUUGUACAUGAACGCGUAUAUGAUGAAUUCCUAGAGAAAUCAAAGAAACGUGCUUUAAGACGCGUUGUUGGUGAUCCCUUCAAGAAGGGUGUUGAACAAGGGCCUCAGAUCGAUGAAGAGCAGUUUCAGAAGGUCCUCAGGUACAUAAGAUCUGGAAUUGAUAGCAAUGCUACCCUUGAGUGUGGAGGAGGAAGACUGGGAAACAAAGGCUACUUUGUCGAGCCUACCGUUUUCUCAGAUGUUAAGGAUGACAUGUUGAUAGCACAGGAUGAGAUCUUUGGACCGGUACAAUCAAUCUUGAAAUUCAAGGAUAUUGAUGAAGUAAUAAAAAGGGCAAAUGCAACCAGAUAUGGAUUAGCAGCUGGGGUUUUCACCAAGAACAUCAACACUGCCAACACCCUGACACGUGCAUUGAGAGCGGGGACUGUGUGGGUCAAUUGCUUCGAUGUAUUCGAUGCUGCAAUUCCUUUCGGUGGGUAUAAGAUGAGUGGGAUUGGAAGGGAAAAGGGAAUCUACAGCCUCAACAAUUACUUGCAGGUGAAGGCUGUUGUUACUCCUCUGAAGAAUCCAGCAUGGUUGUGAAAAAUCACUAAUUAAGCUCCACACCAAUGUUCAUCUCCAUCCUCUUUUCUUUCUUUUUGCCCUUUUUGUCUGGUUUUUCGAAUAAGGAAAUCAUAUCCCUUUUGUGACCAUGUAAAGUAGCUGUCAAACUUCCACUAGUAACCGAAAACUGGUUUGUCUUUUAAGACUUCCUGAGGUUUUAUCUGCAUCAAUCUCUCUCGCUCAAAUUGUACUGAUGCAAUGUUCUUGUAUAUCAUAUCUUUGAAAAUUCCUGCUAUAUAUGGAUAAUACAGAAAGAAUAUAUAAUAUUAAAUUAA